UAGGAGUGGAAGAGGAUGAUGCAUAUAAUUAGUCAAAAUAUUUCUUCUUCAAAUGAUACGGGAAGAAGAAGAAGAGAGAAAAGGAAAUGAAGGGCGGCCAAAGCUAAGAAAGAAUUUUCAGAUGAAAACAGGUGACAUAUAGGAACGAAACAUAGGGGUUUUUAAUUGUUUCAUGGGCAAUAUAUGCCGUGGAUCUAUCGGAGAUAAAAGUUUUCAAGGAUAUAACCAGUCGGAAGAACAUAUUGCCUCUAAGCACGAUAAUUCCUUUGUGUACUCUGUUAUAAGUGAUAAAUCUCAAACCGGAGUGACCUCUCAGAGGCCUAAUAAUAACGAUAACAGCAACGAGCGCAGGAAGAAUACACGUUCUUUCGCAGAUAAAGACGACAACAUGAGACGCAACAGUGACAACCAAGCUUAUUAUGUUAUAGGUCACAAGACUGCCAAUAUCCGUGAUCUAUAUACCUUAGGACGUAAAUUAGGUCAAGGACAAUUUGGUACGACUUAUUUAUGCACAGAGAUUUCAACAGGUACUGACUUCGCCUGUAAAUCAAUUUCCAAGAGGAAGUUGAUAGCGAAAGAGGAUGUGGAGGAUGUGAGAAGAGAGAUUCAAAUAAUGCACCACUUAGCUGGUCAUAAGAAUAUUGUGACCAUUAAGGGUGCUUAUGAGGAUCCCUUGUAUGUUCAUAUAGUUAUGGAGCUUUGUGCUGGUGGGGAAUUGUUUGAUAGAAUCAUUCAAAGGGGACACUACAGUGAACGAAAGGCUGCUGAAUUAACCAAGAUUAUUGUUAGUGUUGUUGAGGCCUGCCACUCGCUUGGAGUUAUGCAUAGAGAUUUAAAGCCUGAAAACUUUCUGCUUGUAAACAAGGAUGAUGAUUUCUCACUCAAAGCCAUCGAUUUUGGACUCUCGGUUUUCUUCAAACCAGGUCAAAUUUUUAGUGAUGUUGUUGGCAGUCCAUAUUAUGUUGCUCCUGAGGUGCUUUUGAAGCAUUAUGGACCCAAAGCAGAUGUUUGGACUGCAGGCGUUAUUCUCUAUAUACUACUAAGUGGUGUACCGCCAUUUUGGGCAGGUACUACACGUGUCCAUUUUUUUCUGUUCCUUUUCCAUAUAUUAAUCACUAAAAUGUUUCAUCAUCUUUCAGAGACGCAACAAGGUAUAUUUGAUGCUGUUCUAAAGGGGGAUCUUGACUUCGAGUCAGACCCAUGGCCUCUGAUAUCUGAGAGUGCUAAAGAUUUGAUCAGGAAGAUGCUAUGCUGCAGACCAGAUGGUCGAUUAACUGCUCAUGGAGUCCUGUGCCAUCCUUGGAUUUGUGAAAAUGGAGUUGCCCCUGAUAAAGCUCUGGAUGCUGCUGUCCUCUCUCGUCUCAAACAAUUUUCUGCAAUGAAUAAACUGAAGAAGAUGGCUUUACGGGUUAUAGCCGACAACCUGUCAGAAGAAGAGCUUGCUGGUCUAAGAGAGAUGUUUACAGCCAUGGAUACUGAUAAUAGUGGUGCAAUCACAUUUGAUGAACUUAAGGUUGGUUUAAGAAGAUAUGGUUCUACCUUGAAAGACACUGAGAUACGCGACCUCAUGGAUGCUGCCGAUGUUGAUGACAGUGGCACCAUUGACUAUGGUGAAUUCAUUGCUGCAACUAUUCAUCUGAACAAACUGGAGCGUGAAGAACAUCUCAUGGCUGCAUUUAAAUAUUUUGACAAAGAUGGGAGUGGCUAUAUUACAGUUGAUGAGCUUCAGCAGGCUUGUGCAGAUCAUCACAUGACUGAUGUUUUUUUGGAGGACAUUAUCAAAGAAGUUGAUCAAGACAAUGAUGGAAGAAUUGAUUACCAGGAAUUUGUUGCCAUGAUGCAAAAGGGCAAUGCUGGAGGAGUAGGAAGACGAACUAUGAGAAGCAGUUUGAGCAUGAGAGAUCCUCCAGAAGAAGCUCAAUAAGAUUUAUAUGAACAUUCAAUGUACAGGACUGUUCGGAAUUGUACAACAAAAUUGUGAGGACCAACAUAUGGUGGUUUUUUGCUUACAGUUGUGAACAAUGGUAAUCUGCAUACAUACACAUACAUGGCAGUCACUAUUAUGUAUUUGUAUUUGUAUAUUUAUAUAUAUAUAUAUAUUUAUUUUUUAUGUUUUUUUCUUGUUGUAAUAUUUGAUAUAUAUAUAAUAUAUAUAUAUACUCAUGAUUAGUCUUGAAGGCAGUAGAAAAAUUUGGUAGGUUUCCCACUUGUGCUACAUCUCCACAAAAUUUUAUACCAAAUCAAAGGAAGAAUUGCCUUAGAUUA